ACACACACACACACACACACACACACACACACACACACACACAUACACACACAAAACCACCACCAAGCAACAACAACAACGAUGAUGACAAGUCGAGUCAGUGCGCAGAGGGCGGUGUUGCUUCUGUUGCGGCCUGCAGGAGCGAAUGGCCGCUGCCGUGCUGGUGCUUGUGUUGGUGCUGGCGCUGCUGGCGCCCGCCAGUUGAGGCGAGACCUGAGCGUGGGCUGUGCGACCUUCGCUGCACCACACAGCCGCAACACCAACAGUUGCCACAGCCACAGGGGCAGCUACGCAUGUGGAAGACGCGCAACUGCGCCCAGUGCGCCAAGCACUUUGUAUCAUCAUCAUGGCCAACAAGGAGCAGCAGCAGCCCGACUGACACUGGAAGGAGCAUCUCUGGCGGCCACCACGCGCGCAGCACACUCCCUAACCGUGCUGCCACCACGAGCAGCACUUGCAGACCCGCAAUACAGCAGCGGAGUCAGGCGAGCGUCCGGCCGCUCCAACAGUGUCAGCAGCCCGCGAACCGCAAACAACGCACACAACAGCGCAGACAGCGCGGACAGUGCACACGACAGCCCCGCCACCUCCACGAACAACAGGAACGACGAGGCGGCCGCCCCACAGCGGCAACACGGCAGCAAGAGCAGACUACGCUUCGUGCAGUGGCUGACGGAUGAGAGUGUCAACACAGACGGAUAUGGGCGGCACCGGCUGGCCAUGUUGCGGAGAUUGAACACGGUCCGUGCGUCGGCAAAGUACCGCUUUGAACGGGAGCAGGAGCGCCUGAAGCGGCUGCGUGCAAGGCAGCAGCACCAGUUUGAGCGCCUCAAGGAGCGCGCCACAACCACGCUCAUAUCCGACUCCCUUCCUCGCACAGAGAAGAUUGCCACUGUCCCCAACAUGCUCUCGCUCUACCGCAUCCUCAUCACGCCCGUCAUUGUCGCCAACCUCGUGGACGGGCACCCGAACAUGGCCUGUGGCCUCUUUGCAACCGCUGCCAUCUCCGACUGGCUUGAUGGUGCCAUCGCCCGCAAGUUCCCGAGCCAGCGCUCCAUCUUGGGCACUGUCGUCGAUCCGUUUGCAGACAAGUUCCUCAUCGUCGCCUCCGCCGCCUCUCUCGGCUACAUCGGCGCCAUGCCAGCGUGGCUGGCUGGUCUGGUGCUGCUCAAGGACGCGACGAUGAUGUUGGCCAGCUUCUAUAUCCGCUACUCGUCCCUCAAGGCCGUGCAAACAACACCGGUCACGGCGAGUGAUUACUUCAAUCUCAAGCGUCCAACCGUGCGCGUUAUCCCGUCGUUUAUCGCAAAGGUGAACACGGCAGUACAGCUGUCCCUGUUUGCGUUUCUCAUUGCACAGCAGGCGUUCCCAACAGCGCUCGCCCUCGACCCACAACACGCAACCAUCAUUUGGGGCGUGACUGGCUUCACGACGUUUGCUGCUGGACUGACGUAUGUUCGCUCCACCACUGCCCUUCAAUACUUGCACAAGUACAAGGCGUCGUGACAGCAGCAGCUGCAAUGACACACGCACGUCUGCCUUGGAUGGCUGGUUAUUGUAUUGGCUGUGUAACUGUGGCUCGCUAGUGUUCUGCAGUGCUUGUCACGUUGUGCGUGUGGGUGUGUGUGCGUCAGCGUACGAACGUGGGUGGUAGAAUAGCGGUUGUGUAUGUGUGUUUGAACGACGUGGUUCUGGCAGAAUAACACGGUUGUAACGGUGA